AUGGCCCAAAUAGAACGCGCUCAGAGUAGCUCCUCUGGUCGAUCAAGUGACCAAACCAAGAUCGAGGCGGUAGAACAUGACACGAAAAACCAUUCAGUCUCCGAAACGGGUCGGAAGCAGUCUGUCACGACGGCGGAGAAAAUGCGAAGGAAUAUCUCUGCCAAGCUGGCGAAUCCGUUGGCCGGAGUAUCGCACGCGAGGUUAGAGGAGAUGGGCGCCAGCUAUGCCAGGAAGCAUGAGAUGGGCGAUGAGGAGGAUAUCCGCAACUUCAAGAAGGGCGCUUGUCUUGCCCAGAACCCCCAGCGAUACGAUCAAAUCUCUGGCUUGACCGAUGAUGAAUUGGCUAUAUUGAAGAAAGAGUUCACCAACAGAUGGGCCCAGCCGCGCCUUAUGUACUUGACCAUCAUCCUGUGCGCAACAUGCGCUGCCGUUCAAGGCAUGGACGAGACCGUCGUCAAUGGCGCCCAACUUUUCUACCGAGGCCAGUUCGGCAUCAACGGUGAAGAUGCUCGAUCAACAUGGCUCACAGGUCUUCUCAACUCUGCCCCUUAUCUUUGCUGUGCCUUCAUUGGAUGCUGGCUCACCACACCCAUGAACACUCUCUUUGGUCGUCGAGGCACCAUCUUCCUAACCUGUUGCUUUUCGGCCAUAGCAUGCUUCUGGCAAGGCUUUACGAACACAUGGUGGCAUAUGUUCAUCGCUCGCUUCUUUCUGGGUCUAGGCAUUGGGCCCAAGUCAGCGACAGUCCCCAUUUAUGCUGCUGAGACCACCCCGCCUCCAAUCCGUGGAGCCUUAGUCAUGCAAUGGCAGAUGUGGACAGCUUUCGGUAUCAUGGUCGGCUAUGCCUCCGAUUUGGCUUUCUAUAAAGUGCCUGACUCGUCUGGUAUUGUUGGACUGAAUUGGCGAAUUAUGAUGGCUUCGGCCAUGUUUCCGGCCGUCAUUGUGAUCUGCUUUGUCUUUUGGUGUCCCGAAUCACCUCGCUGGUACAUGAGCAAGAAUCGUCAUUUCAAGGCCUACCAGUCCAUGUGUCGCCUUCGCUAUACCAAAGUCCAGGCUGCUCGAGACGUCUUCUACAUGCACACAUUACUCGAAGCAGAGAAAGAAGUUCAGCAUCUUCACGGCAACCCAAUCUUAGAACUCGUCAGGGUUCCCCGGAAUCGCCGAGCAAUGUUGGGAUCUGAGAUUGUCAUGUUUAUGCAGCAGUUUUGUGGUGUCAACGUGAUAGCCUACUACUCGUCUCAAUUCUUUCUUGACGCUCAAUUCAAUCCAGUCAACGCGCUCUCAGCGUCUCUAGGGUUCGGUAUCAUCAAUUGGCUCUUUGCGCUCCCCGCUGUGUAUACGAUUGAUACAUUUGGACGACGAAACCUACUUUUGACGACCUUCCCACUUCUGUCUCUUUUCCUGUUCUUUACCGGCUUUUCGUUCCUGAUUCCUGAGGAGACACACCACACAGCUCGUGUGGCCUGCGUAGCGCUUGGCGUCUACCUCUUCGGGAUUGCGUACUCUCCAGGAGAGGGACCGGUGCCUUUCACCUACAGUGCCGAGGCGUACCCAUUGUACGUGCGAACUUACGGGAUGUCUCUAGCUACUGCGACAACAUGGUUCUUCAAUUUUGUAUUGAGCAUUACCUGGCCCUCAAUGAGUACCGCCUUUACAAUCACUGGCGGGUUUUGCUGGUACGCAGCAUGGAACAUUAUUGGGUUCUUUCUGGUGCUGUUCUUCUUGCCUGAGACUAAGGGCAAAACCUUGGAGGAACUGGAUCAAGUGUUCUCCGUUCCAACGCAUGAGCACGCUGCGUAUGGACUGAGGCAGAUCCCCUACUUCUUCCAAAGGUAUCUCUUCCGUCGCCACGUUGAGCCCGAGAGACUCUAUGAACGAGACGACUCUGCCGAGGAUAGGGAUGUAGGGUUCGAUAACGAUCAGGAACCUGGUUUGUGA